AUGCAAGCAUCACCACCAGCACUUCAAAAUAUUCCCGAUCUGGAUGCCCUUCGACUGGAGUAUAAACGAAUCCUACAAGAUUUGACUUUCAACUGCAAACCCAUCAUCACCAGCCUCACCAUUUUGGCGCAAGAAAAUAAGCAAGGUGCUACACUGAUAGUACGUGAAAUUGAACAAAAGAUAAGAGCGGUAAGUGUUACUUCAUAA